AUGGGCGGGAUGGGCAGCUAUGGCAGCGGUUUCUUUGGUACUGCCGGCACAGGGGGGGUCGGUGGCAGUGCCACCUCGGUGGCUAGCGACUACAGCAGCAGCAGCACCAAUUGCUUCUACGCAGCCAAUGCAUCCCAGGCGCCGACGCCAAGUGUUGUCAAUCCAACAACAAUGUUGUCCAACUAUUGUGACGCAGCUAUGAUGAUGGCAGCGGCAGCAGUGAAUGCCAAUCAAUGCCUUCAACAGCAUCAUCGCAUGAUGCUCGCCAGCAGCAAUAGCAGCAGUCAAAAUCAGGUGAGCGAUCACAACAGCCACGACUGCAGCGACGACAUGGACGAGACAACUGGCACAACUGUGGAGGCAGGUGCGAUUGCGCCAACGGCAUCCGCCUCUUCGUCCGCAUCAUCGAGAACAUCGACGGCAUCAACAAGCGCUUCAUCAUUGUCAACAUCAACGCUGGCACUGUCAGCUGCCAAUUCCUCCACUGCCGGCACAGCAACAGCCGCACCUGCAACAGCAGCAGCUGCAACGGCGGCAAUCAUCAGCCAACAAUACCAACAGCAGCAACAACGCAGCGCCCAACACUCACAAUCACACUCCCAGCUGCAUGCACACCACCCCGGCCACAAUCACCACCUCCACCUCCAGCAACCGCAACAGCAACACCAGCAGCUGGCAUCGCCACCAAAUCUAAUCGAUAUUAGCGAAGUUCCUCUCAUUGUCGAUGUCAAGUAAAAGUAUAAACGAGUAGUGUAGUUGUAAUUGCAGAAAAACCGAAAGUAGAAAAUAACCUUAAAAAAAACAAAAGAAAUCACAAAAGAAAGUUGAAAUUAAAAUUUACAUAAACAAAAAAAAAAAAACAUAAAAAAAAAAUUAAGGAAGCUGAAGUGAAGACAUGAAAUAUUAGCGUAAAUUUUUACCUUUUAGAGUUGUUAAAGCGCAAUUUAUUUGAAAUGGGAACGCUGUCGUGCUUUUGUAAAUAUUUUUAACUAAUUAAUAUUUAUAUAGUAAUUUAUUUAUUGAAGUUAUACAAAUGUUUCACCCAAACUAUGAAGCUUGAAGCCAAAACUCCGAGUAGAAAAAACACAGAAAAAUAAUAGAAGCUGAAGAAAAAUUUAAAAAGUGCAUGCGAAUUAAGGGGGGAAACCUGCUUAGGAGGCCAAAAUUUUGGUGUUUUUCGAGAAGUUUUUGAACAAAGAAGGAAUAAUCAGAAAUGG